AGGUUUUUGCAUCACAUGUUUAGCACGCCCACUUGCCCCCCACUUCACAUCAGCUCUCUAGUGGACACGCCCCCUUCACUACAAGAGCCUCAAUACACAUGAGCUGGGCAAACAGAAGCCGAUAAACCCAACAGAGCAAGAUGAUGCGAGGAACCUACUUUGUUUUUCAAAACAGUUAAGGAAUGUAAUGACAUGCUUGGUGUCACUGGCUAUUAAAUCAUGUUUUUUUUUUUAACAAAAGGGUAAAGGAAAGCCUUAAUUCAAACCACAUCACUAGGUAUUCAUCCGUUACAUUUUCCAGCGGUGGACAGUAAAAUACUUUGGCUUAUAUUAAACCGAAUGUCUCCUGGUUUUGUAUCGGCCAGUCUGUACAGAAAUGCAAUCGCACUGACGCAGGAGCGCGUCUGAAACGUGCUGAUAACGUAACGCAACGCCACGCUGAGCCAUGUCUUGGGGCGGCUCAUUCCAACUCAUGCAAACUCUGAGGAAAUCUCCUGCUGUUCUCCGCCGGUUCCGCCAGGAUCGAGCCCAAGCCCUCUCCCACGGGGACCCCCUUUUCAAAGUGCAUUACCUCGGCACCGAGAAGAUCUACUCCCUCGAUGUAGAACAGGCUACCGAGGCCAUAGUCCGCUUACUGGAGAAAUCGCCAGUUGCAGCCGCGUUAGACAAACUAGGCAAGGAACAUGCUCUUGUCGUCCGGCCUCGCUACGUAGAGGUCAAGGAGAUCAGCACAGGCCGGCAGCUCACUAAAACCUAUCUCAAGGACAUUGCUUAUUGUGCGGCUGACACAACCAGACCCAAUGUGUUUCUGUAUAUCUGUAAGCAGCGAGGCCAACAGCUGCAAUGCAGAGUGUUCUGGUGUAGCAGACCAGACCGGGCAAGAGAUAUGACUGCCUGCUUAGCCAGAUACUUCCAGAGUGCUUUGAAUGACUUGUUGGAGGAUGAGACCAAUCACACAAAAGAAGAAGAAAGCAAGAAGGAUGGAAAGCCAUUUCCGACAACGGGACAAAGCAAAAGCUCCACACUACCAGCAGACCUGAGGAGAGGUCAGUGGCGGAAGCGAAGUCCUCUGAGAGAGCUGAUGAGAAGAACUAGUAUCAGUGACUGAAACAAGAGUGCCUCAACCCUUGGACUACAGUCUUUAACAAAAUUUUACUCUCUGAAAAUGCCUUAGGGAAACAGAAAACCGGUUUGCAUUAAAAAUGGAUGGAUGACACUUAUUAUUAUUAAUACAUUAAUCACAUUACUCAUUUAGUUUUAAUGCUCCUCAAAUUUAGUAAACCUCUUUUUUAUUUUGAAGAGGUGAAUUUUGUAAAAGCUGAAUUCUGAAACUGCACUAGUUUUCAUUGUUUGAGAUAUCCUUUAACUGACACCAAGCAGAUUUUGUAUGAAAUACACUUUUUUUUAAGGCAGGCUGGAAUUGUUUACUUUCAUAUUACUGACUCUUUCUAUUUCCAAAGUUACACUGGACUUUGAAGAUUCGUAUUUAUAUUUUUUGCUUUAAGGCUUAAACCUGAACUUGCAUUUACUGGUGUGCAGUGAUGCAGAUACUGGAUAUCUUGUUAACAUUUAUAGGAUAACCUAAGUGAUCACCUUGUCAGGGGUUAUUUUGUUGUACUGACUGGCUGACUACAUUAUCAUUAUAACACACAAAUACAAUAAAAUACAUUUGUAAAAUA